CGUUGCGGCUUUGCCCGGCGCAGGCGGCCAUGGAGCGCUUCGCGGUGAAGUCGGCGCCGUCGCGGAACCGCUCCAAGACCGCCCUGUACGUGACGCCCCAGGACCGCGUGACGGAGUUCGGCAGCGAGCUGCACGAGGACGGGGGCAAGCUCUUCUGCACCUCCUGCAACGUGGUGCUGAACCACGUCCGCAAGUCCGCCAUCAACGACCACCUCAAGUCCAAAACGCACACCAAGAGGAAGGCGGAGUUCGAGGAGCAGAACGUCAGGAAGAAGCAAAGGACUCUGACUGCCUCCCUGCAGUGCAACAGCACUGCCCAGACAGAGAAAAGCAGUGUGAUCCAGGACUUUGUGAAAAUGUGCCUGGAAGCCAAUAUCCCCCUGGAGAAGGCCGAUCACCCCUCUGUGCGAGCCUUCCUGUCCCGCUACGUUAAGAACGGCAGCUCCAUACCCAAGUCGGAGCAGCUCAGGAAAGCGUAUCUGCCUGAUGGCUACGACAAUGAGAACCAGCUCAUCAACACUGAAGACCGUUGAGAAGAGAACUGUUUUCAUCCUUGUUGUGAAGUUUUACAUAUUGAUGGUGUGGUUUAUUUUUAUAUUCAUGCAUAUAUACAGUGUUACAUAUUGAUUUUACAAGCUAUUUUGUAUUCUUGUAGAAAUGACAAUCUACUCCUGAACUUAGCAGCGUGCUGCAUAUUGUUGCUAACCCUGCUGUGGACUUCAGAGCUACAUCGAUGUAGAGCUCCUGAGGAAUGUAGGGAGCAUCCCUGGCAUACACCUGAUCUCUGCUCAGUCCAGCUGUAACUGAGGCUGAGACAAAGGCACUUGAAUGGAGGGCCCCACCUCAGAGUGCAUCUAAGAAGACGGUGUGAUAUAGGGAUUGCUGCUCGUGGCAGUGGAUUGCUUUGUCCAGUAUCCUGUCCCUGACUGACCAAGAAGAGGUGCUGCACCUUCAAAAUGCAAGAAGCUCUAGGAUGGUUAGUUAAAAUAUCACUGCUCUGUUGGGGGAGGACUACUGCAACUUUCUAUUCAAGCUUGGU